CCUUCAAAGCGUUGGCUUGACAUUUCCAAUCUCCGUCUUGUGGAGAGCGUACGUGUCUAGUGAUAUUUGAAUAUUACAUCAAAUUUAUUCCGACAUGUCGAAGAUCGGUAUCAACGGUUUUGGCCGCAUUGGGCGUCUGGUGCUCCGUGCUUCCAUCGAGAAGGGCGCCCAAGUCGUUGCCAUCAACGACCCUUUCAUCGGCUUGGACUACAUGGUCUACUUAUUCAAAUAUGACUCCACUCACGGCCGCUUCAAGGGAACCAUUGAGGUUCAGGGUGACAACCUUGUCGUCAAUGGUAACAAGAUUGCCGUCUUCUCUGAGAGGGACCCUAAAGCCAUUCCUUGGGGUAAGGCUGGUGCUGAGUACGUCGUAGAAUCCACCGGCGUAUUCACCACUAUCGAGAAGGCUUCGGCUCACUUGGAAGGUGGUGCCAAGAAGGUCAUCAUCUCUGCUCCCAGUGCUGAUGCCCCCAUGUACGUGGUCGGCGUCAACCUCGAGUCAUACGACCCCUCUGCCAAAGUCAUUUCCAAUGCCUCAUGCACCACCAACUGCCUUGCUCCUCUGGCUAAAGUAAUCCACGACAACUUCGAGAUCAUCGAGGGUUUGAUGACAACUGUACACGCCACCACUGCCACCCAGAAGACCGUGGACGGUCCCUCCGGUAAACUGUGGCGUGACGGCCGUGGCGCCCAACAGAACAUCAUUCCUGCUUCCACUGGCGCAGCUAAGGCUGUUGGCAAAGUCAUUCCUGCUCUCAACGGUAAACUGACCGGUAUGGCCUUCCGUGUCCCUGUUGCCAACGUCUCUGUUGUUGAUCUCACUGUCCGCCUCGGCAAGCCCGCUUCCUACGAAGCUAUCAAGCAGAAGGUGAAGGAGGCCGCUGAAGGUCCUUUGAAGGGCGUCCUUGGAUACACCGAAGACCAAGUUGUAUCUUCGGACUUCAUUGGUGACACUCACUCUUCCAUCUUCGACGCUGCUGCUGGUAUCUCUCUGAACGACAACUUCGUCAAGCUCAUCAGCUGGUACGACAAUGAAUACGGUUAUUCCAGCAGAGUCAUCGAUCUGAUCAAGUACAUCCAGACCAAGGAUUAAA